GAACAGUCUGUUAAACACAACAUCUCAGUUUCUCCUUUGGCCAAAAGGGCUGCUAGAGAAACUGACUGAACACGAAGAAGUUGGGAAUCAAGAUUCAAUUCGUUCAUUCUUUGUGCACUGUUGGUAGUCUUGUAGCGUGCAGUUUUCUGUCCCUGGAGUUUUAUUUCUGACUUUUGUUGUAUAGUUUGAGGUGAAGAAAAGAAAAGAAUAGAAGGGGUCUCGGAAAGGAAGUGAUCAGCGAGAGUUGGAAACAAUGGCUGCUUUUGCAGGGGAUGAUUUGUCGAGGGCGACGAGUAGUAGGAGGAGUUGGGGGUCAGGGAGUGUGAGGGGGAGUGUGAGGGAGAUUUGGCAAGGUCCACCUGAUAUUUUUGUUAGGAAUAGUACUAGGAGAGAAAUGGUGGAUGAUGAAGAGGAGCUCAAGUGGGCUGCUAUUGAGAGGCUGCCUACUUAUGAUAGGAUGAGAAAAGGGAUGCUUAAGCAAGUGGUGAGUAAUGGAAGAGUGAUCUCAAAUGAGGUUGAUGUUACUAAUCUUGGUGCUCAGGAUAAGAAGCAGUUAUUGGAUAGUAUUCUUAAAGUUGUUGAAGAUGACAAUGAGAGGUUCCUUACAAGACUCCGAGAUCGAACUGACAGGGUGGGUAUUGAGAUUCCAAAGAUUGAAGUGAGAUUCCAGAAUUUAUCUAUAGAGGGAGAUGCAUAUGUUGGCACCAGAGCACUUCCAACUCUGUGGAACUCCACCCUCAACACGCUUGAGGCUGCUAUUGGAUUGAUUGGACUUGCUCAAUCAAAGAAAAGAGUUGUUAGAAUUCUUGAAGGUGUGAGUGGAAUUGUUAGACCAACAAGGAUGACACUACUGCUUGGGCCUCCCGGUUCAGGAAAAACUACCUUACUGAAAGCUUUGGCAGGCAAAGCUGAUGAUGAUCUGAGAGUCACUGGAAAAAUCACCUACUGUGGUCAUGAAUUCCAUGAAUUUGUUCCUCAGAGAACAAGUGCUUAUAUCAGCCAGCAUGAUCUUCAUUAUGGUGAAAUGACAGUACGUGAGACAAUGGAUUUUGCUGGUAGAUGCUUGGGAGUAGGAACCAGAUAUGAUAUGCUGGUGGAGUUGUCAAGAAGGGAGAGAGAAGCAGGUAUUAAACCAGAUCCUGAGAUUGAUGCGUUCAUGAAAGCCACAGCCAUGGCGGGACAGGAAACCAGCUUGAUUACUGAUUAUGUGCUGAAGAUUCUUGGAUUGGACAUUUGUGCUGAUAUUAUGGUGGGAGAUGACAUGAGAAGAGGCAUUUCUGGUGGUCAGAAGAAGCGUGUUACCACUGCUGAAAUGUUGGUAGGACCAGCAAAAGCAUUUUUCAUGGAUGAAAUAUCAACAGGACUGGACAGUUCCACCACUUUUCAAAUAGUGAAGUUCAUGAGACAGAUGGUUCAUAUUAAUGAUAUAACCAUGGUCAUCUCUCUCUUACAGCCAGCGCCCGAGACAUUCAAUCUUUUUGAUGAUGUCAUCCUACUUUCUGAUGGGCGGAUUGUCUAUCAGGGUCCACGUGAUAAUAUUCUUGAGUUCUUCGAGUACAUGGGAUUUAAAUGUCCUGAAAGGAAAGGAAUUGCAGACUUUCUGCAGGAGGUUACCUCAAAGAAGGACCAACAGCAGUAUUGGUACAGAAAAAACCAGCCUUUUAGAUAUGUCUCUUCAGAGGAUUUCGCAAAUGCGUUCAAUUCCUUCCAUGUAGGACAACGACUUACAGCAGACCUUAGAGUUCCUUAUGAUAAGGCCAGAACCCACCCUGCAGCAUUGGUUAAAGAGAAGUAUGGAAUUUCGAAUUGGGAUCUCUUCAAGGCAUGCUUUGAUCGUGAAUGGCUGCUCAUGAAGCGGAGUGCUUUUGUUUUCAUAUUUAAAACAACACAAAUCACUAUCAUGGCCUUAAUUGCCCUGACGGUGUUUUUAAGAACAGAAAUGAAAACUGGUCACGUGAAUGAUGCUGCUAAGUUUUGGGGAGCAUUGUUUUUCAGUCUUAUCAAUGUGAUGUUCAAUGGAAUGGCUGAGCUGGCCAUGACAGUUUUCAGGCUUCCUGUUUUUUUCAAGCAGAGGGACUGUUUGUUCUACCCAGCUUGGGCAUUUGCUCUGCCAAUUUGGGUCCUCCGUAUUCCCAUUUCAGUCAUGGAGUCCGUAAUAUGGAUCAUUUUCACGUAUUACACCAUUGGUUUUGCGCCUUCUGCAGCCAGGUUCUUCAAACAGCUCUUGGCAUUCAUUGGCAUCCAUCAGAUGGCUCUCUCUUUGUUUCGUUUCAUUGCUGCAGCUGGAAGAGCACAAGUUGUAGCAAACACGCUUGGAACCUUCACCUUGUUGUUGGUCUUUAUUCUAGGAGGCUUCAUUGUUGCAAAAGAUGACAUCAAGAAUUGGAUGAUAUGGGGUUACUAUGUUUCUCCUAUGAUGUAUGGACAAAAUGCCAUUGCCAUCAACGAGUUUCUUUCUGAAAGAUGGAGCAACCCCUCCAAUGGCUCUGAACCUACAGUUGGAAAGACACUUCUAAAGGACAGAGGUCUAUUUACCACUGAAACUUGGUACUGGAUUGGUGUAGGAGCUCUUUUCGCUUUCUCCUUGUUGUUCAAUGUUCUUUUUAUUGGAGCAUUGACAUUUUUAAAUCCAAUUGGAGAUACUAAAGCUGUUCUUGUUGAGGACGAUGAUGAGAAAAAGACUAGAAAUGAAGCAUCCAAUUCUGCAGGAAUUCAAAUGGGUGUAAGAAAUUCUCAGGCAAAUGGCAACUCAAUGGUUAGUGCAACAAACAAUCAAGCAACUAGAGGAAUGGUUUUGCCCUUCCAACCGCUCUCACUUGCAUUCAAUCAUGUGAAGUACUACGUGGACAUGCCUGCAGAAAUGAAGUCACAAGGGAUUGAAGAAGAUAGAUUGCAACUUCUGAGAGAUGUUAGUGGUGCUUUCAGGCCUGGCGUUUUAACAGCACUGGUGGGUGUCAGUGGUGCUGGAAAGACCACAUUGAUGGAUGUCUUAGCAGGUAGAAAGACAGGUGGCUACAUUGAAGGAAGCAUAAGCAUUUCAGGCUACCCAAAGAACCAAGAAACUUUUGCCCGAGUUAGUGGUUACUGUGAGCAGAAUGAUAUACACUCUCCUUAUGUAACUGUUUAUGAAUCGCUCCUCUAUUCUGCCUGGCUGCGGCUUGCUUCUGAUGUAAAGACAGAAACUCGAAAGAUGUUUGUUCAAGAAGUCAUGGACUUGGUUGAGCUCAAUGCUCUGAGGGACGCUCUUGUUGGACUUCCAGGAGUGGACGGCCUUUCAACCGAGCAGAGAAAGAGACUUACAAUUGCUGUUGAAUUAGUUGCUAAUCCUUCCAUCAUCUUUAUGGAUGAGCCCACUUCAGGACUUGAUGCUAGAGCUGCUGCAAUUGUCAUGCGUACUGUCAGAAAUACAGUGGAUACUGGUAGAACUGUGGUCUGCACAAUUCACCAACCAAGCAUUGAUAUAUUUGAAGCUUUUGACGAGCUGCUCUUGAUGAAGAGAGGAGGACAAGUGAUAUAUGCUGGACCUCUUGGUCGCCAUUCUCACAAACUCGUUGAAUAUUUUGAGGCUGUACCUGGUGUUCCCAAGAUAAAAGAGGGUCACAAUCCAGCUACCUGGAUGUUGGAUGUCAGCACCUCAGCAAUGGAGGCUCAACUUGGAGUCGAUUUUGCAGAAAUAUAUGCCAACUCUGAUCUCUACAGGAGGAAUCAGGAGCUAAUAAAGGAACUGAGCGCUCCUGAACCGGGUUCCAGGGAUCUAUACUUCCCCACCCAAUACUCUCAGUCCUUUUUAGUUCAGUGCAAGGCUUGUUUUUGGAAACAACACUGGUCAUAUUGGAGGAACUCACAAUAUAAUGCAAUUAGAUUCUUCAUGACUGUUGUCAUUGGAAUUAUGUUUGGCGUUAUCUUUUGGGACAAAGGAACUAAAAUAUUUAGACAACAAGACUUGCUUAACUUACUCGGAGCUACUUAUGCUGCUGUUCUUUUCCUUGGAGCAACCAAUGCUUCUGCCGUGCAGUCUGUUGUGGCGAUUGAGAGAACAGUUUUUUACCGUGAAAGAGCAGCAGGAAUGUACUCUGAGUUGCCUUACGCAUUUGCUCAGGUUGCAAUUGAAACUAUUUAUGUUGCAAUUCAAACUCUGGUUUAUACACUUCUUUUGUACUCGAUGAUUGGAUUCGACUGGACUGCCGAGAAGUUCUUGUAUUUCUACUACUUCAUCUUCAUGUGCUAUGCCUACUUCUCAAUGUACGGGAUGAUGGUUGUUGCAUUGACUCCUGGCCAUCAAAUUGCUGCUAUUGUCAUGUCCUUCUUCUUGAGUUUCUGGAAUCUGUUUUCUGGUUUUCUCAUCCCGCGUCCGCUUAUUCCAGUAUGGUGGAGGUGGUACUACUGGUGCUCUCCUGUUGCAUGGUCAAUUUAUGGCAUUUUUGCAUCUCAAAUUGCUGACAGAACAACUGGUAUUGAAGUCCCUGGUAGUGACACAAAAGUUCCAAUCAACCAAUUCCUUAAAGAAUACUUGGGCUAUGACCAUGACUUCCUCAUUCCAGUGGUCUUUGCCCACGUCGGUUGGGUCCUCCUCUUCUUCUUCGUCUUCGCUUAUGGCAUCAAGUUCCUGAACUUCCAAAGAAGAUGAUCACUUCUCAGUUCACAUGCGGAGUAUUUCUUUAGGUUUAUAGACCAAUUGUAUAUCUUUGUAGCUAAGCAUAUAGGACCAGCGAUCUUUCUCUCUUUGUUUAUAGGUGUCUUUAGAAAACUCCGACCAAUAGUCCAAUAUUCCCAUUUGAGCGCAAUAUAGCUGCAAGAACGGCUCAUAUGAUACGAGUCCUUAAAGGUACAAGUAUAAUACGAGACGGGUAUAGUAUGUGACAUAAUAUGUAUGUAUUGUAUGAUUUUUUUCAAGAGUAUAAUUAAAAGUUUAGCGUAAAAAUAUUGGCAAAAUUA